AUGGGCUGCCUUGGCUGCUGUGAUGGAAAGCCACAACCGCAGGAUCCUGCUUCAGCACCUCCAGCCAAACAGAGGCAUCUUCGUUCGUGGGCAGCAUCAGUCGGCGAGGUAGCAUCAUCAGGGCGGAGAAAGUUGGCCACAAAAGCUGUUGAGCCGCCUCAUACACACACUCACUCGGAUUCAAACUCCAGUACCCGAAGAUCAAGCACGAGGGAUCAGGCCGGAGGACCUCCAGCUGGGUCAACCAGUGCAGCGACCGUGCGGAGACCAGCCGUUAUAGUGAGCCCGUUCUCUGAUCCAGCGGUUCAAUCCUCCUCUGAAAGCACUCUCAACUGCCAAAUCAGCCCGCGUCGUGGGUCUCCAGUUAGUGCAUUUGCUGAAGCUUCAAAUCAAUCAGCAGCUGGUGUGGGUGGCUCCAGAAAAAGAGUAGACCAGCGCCAGCAAGCAGGACCAAGCCAUGCAAAUGUGGGGCCAGAACGCCAGGCCACCCAGGAGCGACAACCAGCCCAUAUCCCUUUUCGGGCGCAUAGAGUAGUACCGGUUGUGGGAAAUGCGACACCGAGCUCUGCAUCCUUGGAUGUAUCAUCUGGAGGGAUACGGACAGCUGGCAGGCCUCUGGCAGCUCAACCUCGUCCACCCUCGUCUAGACCACUCGGUAUUUCCCAACCUGUUUCUCUCUGUUCGACAAGGCCAUCCAACAGCUCAGGGGCUGAUGCCCAAUCUUCCAGAAGGCCAGUCCGCACACCAGGAGAACCUCUCACGGCUGCAACACAUGCCCUUGGUAGGCCCGGUUUCGGCUCUGGAUCAUGGAAAAGUGCAUCCGAAGCACUCGGAGCGCCUGCGGGCCACACAACAAACCGCUCUCAACGGCAAGACAUAGCUGUCAGAACUCCAACCAGAGCCCCUCAGGACCCAGAAGCAGCUGCAGAUCCUUCAAGAAUGCAUGCGCGGAUGCAAGAUGCAGCAACUGGAUAUUCCACAGGACGCGCAAAAGAACUACAGGCUGCUGUUCAAGCAUCAAAAUGUUCUUCUGGGUCGGUAGGCCCACGCAUAAUCAAACUGGGUAUUGAGACAGAAUUCUUCCUUGCUGCCAAGAAGCUGGAGGAUUUUGACACGAGCGUGGAAGGCUUUGCCCAAAGACUUGCAGCCAACCACAAUCAGGCAGUGCGUCGACCACAUCCUCAAAUGCGGCCUACGAUGCGGCCGCCCUAUGAGCAAGGCGAUUACGCGAGAUGGUUUCUGGCCCCGGACGGUACUGUAUCAAUUGACAACAGGCGUUCACCAUGGGGGGUCGAGCUGGUCUCCCCGAUCCUCAGGGCUUUUCCGGGCUCCACAUGGCGGAAAAGUGUGGAAUUGACGUGGGAAUGCCUUGCAGAUCGCUAUGACAUUGACACCAACCACCGGUGCGGCACUCACAUCCACAUCUCACUUGACCCGUUUUUCAACAUGAGAGAACUUGUCCAAAUCGCCCAAGCCGUUCUUCAUUUCGAGCCUGCUAUCGAGGCUUUAGUGCCAAAAGAUCGCAGAGGAAACGAGUUCUGUAAGAGCAACUGGCUGGGCAGCCGUGAUUUAGGUGCAGCCAACAUAUCUCGACCAGACUCAAUUGCCAGGAUUGGGCAGAUUCAAGAUCCCAACGAAUUGAUACGGUGUAUGGGUAAUGGAGAGGACAGAGGAUACAGCUGGAAUUUUGUAAGCCUGUUGGACAAGAAGAAGCGAACGCUCGAAUUCCGCAAACCACCUGGGAGCACCACCGUGGAGCAGACUCUCAGCUGGGCAGAGUUUGUCUUGUCCUUCAUUCAAGCAGCCAUCAAAUGUGGCUCUGCCGAACAGCUGCAGAUAGUUCCUGCACACAUUGGUGGCCUGCAAUGGUUCUUGAAGCAGAGCAAUGUUCCAGGAGUCAAUGAGCAUCAUCGCUUGGCCAGGCUCUUCGCAGGCCGAGAUCCCAUGGCUACAUUGCAACCUAAGACUAGCUAUGAGGCAGUCAGCCUCCAGCUUAAUCAACUGAGAGCGGCGAAAAAGAUGCUGAUGGAGAAGGCUGAUGCUGAUCAUCGACGAGUUCUGGAUCAUGCAAAGAAGGCGCAGAUCCCUUAA